AUGUAUUUUCCUACUUUCCUUAUGGCCAUUCUCAUGGCAAGUGCUAUCAAUGCAAGCGCCAUACAGCAACGACAAGAAGAAGAAGUACCGCAGUGCGACGAAGCGCCUCCAAGUGUGGAAUUCGUGGAAUAUUCCAAGACUCUUCUACAGAAUAGUUCGUCUCUUGAAACCCGUCAAGCGCAGAAACGCUACAACUUUCGAGUUUAUGCACACGUUGUAUACUCUGAAAAGAACAGCAAAGGCGGCUAUGUAUCUGAAGAGAAUGUGAAGAAGGACAUUGAUCUUUUAAACAAACGCUACAGCCGGGCUGGAAUCUCCUUCACCUACGCCGAGACGGACUACCUUCAAAACAGUGCCUGGGCCCAUUCCAACGAUCCUGCAAUGAAUAAGAAGUUGCGCCGGGGCGGAUACGCAGACCUGAACCUCUAUUAUGUCGCCAAAAUCCCAGGCAAGCUGAUUUCAGGAGGCCCCAUCGGUGGGCAUUGCACGUACCCCAUUGUUCCCAGGGGUAAUAGCUUGACUGUACCGCAAGCGACCAUGGAGCGUGACGGGUGCGUCAUGAUCGCCACGUCUGUCCCGGGCGGCAGUUCGUGGUCUGACCUAAGCCCGCUCACCACACACGAGGUCGGCCACUGGCUGGGCUUGCGACACACUUUCGAAGGCGGCUGCAAAGAUGGAGAUACCAUCGACGAUACCUUUCCCCAGGAGAAGCCGACGGGCAGAUGUGAAAACCAGCCCAAGCUCCCAGACGGCCGGCCCGGUGCUUACGCUUGUGGCGGGCUGCAUCCGAGCAACAGUUUGAACUUUAUGGAUUACUCGUCCUGCAGGUCAGAAUUUACCUUGGGCCAGGAGCAGCGCAUGAGGCAAUGGGCUGAUAGUCGUCAAAAGCUUGGAGGAUCUUCAACUGACCAAAAGCCUCCUGAAAACCCGAAGCCGAAGCCGAAGCCAAACCCGCCUACUCCUAAGCCUCCCAGUAACUCGGGUGAAUCCAAAGUCUGGGGCCAAUGCGGCGGCAGAGACUGGAAAGGCCCAACUGCUUGUUCCAAGGGCCUUGUCUGCAAGCACUUCGGGGUGUGGUAUUCUCAAUGUGUGCCUGCGGCUUAA